AUGCCUGCUCCAUACGAAAAAGGUUCUGAAAAGAAGGGUGCUACUCUGUUCAAGACUAGAUGUGCCCAAUGUCACACUCUUGAGGCUGGUGGACCACACAAGGUUGGUCCUAACCUGCAUGGUGUCUUUGGCAGAAAGUCCGGUUUGGCCGAGGGUUUCUCGUACACCGAUGCCAACAAGAGAAAGGGAGUUUUGUGGUCUGAGCAGACCAUGUCUGACUACUUGGAGAACCCAAAGAAGUACAUUCCAGGUACCAAGAUGGCCUUCGGUGGUUUGAAGAAGCCAAAGGACAGAAACGAUCUGAUCACUUACUUGCUCAAUGCCACCAAAUAA